GGCCUGCAACAACCAGAGGACCCUCUCUCCUCCUCUGCAACCAAAUCAACUAACGGAAAAUAAUAACAGAACCUCCUUAACGGUUACAUUUCACCUUUUUCUCUCUCUACCUCUCUUUCUUCCUCUGCUUUUUGCAAAAACAAGAAAACAGGGACACAAAAAAGCCAUAGACAUACAACUAUGCUUCCUCAAAAAAACAUGAACCAAAUUGGACCCAUCUCUAAUCCUUUAAUCUCGGAUUAUUUUGGUACCAGACAUCCUGCGCAAAUCUCGCAGACAACUAACGACAAACCCUCACAACCCAUUGUCCAAAAAAGACCAAAGAAGAUACUCUGUUUUUUUUCCCAAUUUUCUUUUCCUUCAGGUUUCUUCCUUUCGUUUGAGACUAACACAACCCCAUAUUUUAACGUAAUGGUAUAGUGCUAUAUCAAAAUUAGACCCAUUUUCCCAAUCUGGGUAGGAUCCUAGAUUCGGGUUAAUGGGUUGCGUUAGCUCCAAACGGGCUUUAUCGGUGGCCUCUGCUUCUCCUGUUAUAGAAUUUUCUUAUGCACCUCAAUUGGCCGUUCAUGAUCAUAGUUGUUCUUCAAAAUACACAUCUGGAUCUUUUCAUUUUGAGCAGAAACACAAUAAAAAGGACAAAAAAGAUGGCAGUAGACGUAGACAUGGUAGUUGUGACUUGGAUGAUAAUAAUAAUGAGGAAGAGGCAAAUGAGAAGCAUCAAAAUAGCAAUUUUCAAUUCAAAAAGUCCAAGGGAAGGAGCUCUAGUGGCAAAAGUGGACCCAUCAAUCUGAAAUUGGGAUUCUCCCAGAGGCACGCUGAGCAGAUCGCCGCCGGUUGGCCUAGUUGGCUCAGUUCUGCAGCUGCUGAAGCAAUUCAUGGUUGGGUGCCUUUGCGAGCUGAUGCUUAUGAGAAAUUAGAGAAGAUUGGACAAGGUACAUACAGCAGCGUGUUUCGCGCACGAGAAGUUGAGAGUGGGAGGAUGGUUGCACUGAAGAAGGUGCGGUUUGACAAUUUUCAGCCAGAAAGCAUCAGAUUUAUGGCACGUGAAAUAGUGAUUCUCCGCAGACUUGACCAUCCAAACAUUAUAAAUUUGGAAGGAAUAAUUACUUCUCGAUUGUCAAACAGCAUUUACCUUGUAUUUGAAUAUAUGGAACAUGAUCUUGCCGGACUCUCGACUUCUCCUGACAUCAAGUUCAGCGAAUCACAGGUCAAGUGUUACAUGAAGCAACUAUUACAGGGCAUUGAACACUGUCAUUUACGAGGCAUUAUGCAUCGGGAUAUUAAGGUUUCCAACAUUCUGAUCAACAAUGAAGGGAUUCUAAAAAUAGGAGAUUUUGGAUUAGCGAAUGUCCUCAACUCAAAAAACAAGAAUCAACUAACCAGUCGUGUGGUGACUCUAUGGUACCGCCCUCCUGAACUCUUGAUGGGCUCAACAAGUUAUGGAGUAUCAGUGGACCUGUGGAGUGUAGGCUGUGUAUUUGCAGAACUUCUCCUUGGGAAGCCUCUCCUUAAGGGUAGAACUGAGGUUGAACAGUUACACAAAAUAUUCAAGCUUUGUGGGUCUCCUCCUGAACAGUACUGGAAACAGUCCAAGCUUCUUAAUUCUACCAUGUUUAAACCCCAGCAUGUUUAUGAAAGUUCGCUUCGAGAUAGGUGUAAAGAUUUGCCAACUACUACAGUGGACUUGAUAGAAAGUUUUCUUUCUAUAGAACCCGAAAAGCGUGGGACUGCCUCCUCUGCCCUUUUGUCUCCGUACUUCAGCACAAUGCCACAUGCAUGUGAUCCAUCCAGCUUGCCGAAGUAUGCACCUAACAAAGAAAUGGAUGCUAAAUAUCGUGAAGAAGCACGGAGGAAAAAGGUUGGCAGUAAAAUGAGAGAUCCAGGAGCACCAAGAAAAUCAAGAAAAAAUAAUAAAGCACUGCAAGAACGCAAAAAUUUUGCUAAAUUUGCAACAAAAGAGGAAAUUAAAGAGAAUACUCAAUUUGUUCGUAAGAGCAAUAACAGUAAUGAGCAGAUGAACAAGGGAAGAGGAGAACUAAUUUCAUUUGACAAUACCUCAGAGGUUUUACAAGAAACAAAAGAGGACUACGAAUUCACAGGACCGGCACCAGUCAUAGCAUCAAGUGGCUUUGCAUGGGCAAAAAGGCAAAAAGAUGAUGCUACGACCUUAUCUUUUAAUCAUUCUAUCUCAUCAAGUCAAUUUAGUUCAUUAGAUUCUACAAGAUUCAACUUUGCAAACAGUUCCUUUACUAUAAGAAAAGAAGAGAAUGGAAAACAUGAUGACGCCGAGCAAGAGGUUACAGUCAAGAAUCCAAUGCAGAAGUCACUAAGUAGAUUUGGUUCAUCAGAUUCUUUUGAUCCCUCUAGCAUAUACUACAUUUUUGAUUCUAAGGCGACUGAUGGAGCAGAUGCUAUGAGAAGCAAUUUGGAUUACUGUGAGAAAAAAAGGGAGAAGGUUGAAUUUUCCGGACCAUUAUUAUCUCAAUCAUGUAAAUUUGAUGAGCAUUUGCAAAGAAAUGAAAGUCAUAUUCGCCAUGCAGCUCGCAGAUCAAGGUUGGACAAAGAAUUUUGAGGCAAGGAUUCUGGUAGUGAAAAAUCUUUGAAGCCCUUGAAAGGCAAUUUGAUUAUGCAGAGUUGGUAAACUAAAUUGGGGAAGUUGAUAAUUGGCCCUAUGCUUGUGAGCCAUGGUCCUCAAACAAGUUCUUCUUGUGGAAUGUAUUUAGAGCUGCCUGCCUGCCUGCCUUUGAUUAGGUUUUGACAGUUGAGUUUAUGUGUUCAUAUCCAUUGUAUUAGGAAAAGAAAUUUGUUAAAUUUUUUAUAUAGUAUAAUGGACUGAUCACAUAGGAAGAAAUGAAGAUCAGGAAUAGAACAGAGGAGCCCCAAAACCUGAAAAAGAAAAGGGGAAAAUAGAAAAAGAAAAAAAAAAAAGGAAAAGAAAAAACUUGUUUAAAGGAAGCAUGUUUUUUGUUUACCUUUUCUUUUCAUUGUAGAUAUGCUUUUUUCUUGAUAUAUGCAUAUUCUUGCAAAGGAUUA